UUGGGGCGGAAGUGAACCUACCGGGGUUUGAGGGUCUGUUUCAGUGAGAUGAACCAGGCGGGAAUUUAGUCCUGUUACAAUUAGCGGCUCUGGAGGGCGCGAGGAUUUACUGUGAUGUGAUUGCCGGCCAGCUCCCAGCCUGGCACUGAUAGUACCGAAGGGAGACCCCACAGGGACUCGUCCAAAUGGGAGAGGAGGGGACAGGGGGCACCGUGCAUCUGCUGUGCCUCGCGGCCUCCAGCGGGGUCCCCCUGUUUUGCAGGAGCAGCCGAGGCGGUGCCCCAGCCCGUCAGCAGCUACCGUUCUCUGUCAUCGGCUCCCUCAAUGGAGUCCAUAUGUUUGGCCAGAAUUUGGAGGUGCAGCUGAGCUCUGCGAGAACAGAGGACACGACCGUGGUGUGGAAAAGCUUCCAUGACAGCAUCACCCUCAUUGUCCUGUCGUCAGAGGAGGGCACCUCGGAGCUGAGGCUGGAGCGACUGCUCCAGAUGGUAUUUGGGGCCAUGGUUCUUCUUGUAGGACUUGAAGAACUUACGAAUAUCCGCAACGUAGAGAGACUGAAGAAAGAGUUGAGGGCCAGUUAUUGCCUCAUCGACAGCUUCCUGGGGGAGCCGGAGCUCAUCGGGGACCUGACCCAGUGUGUGGACUGCGUGAUUCCUCCAGAAGGGUCACUCCUGCAGGAAGCCCUCUCUGGCUUCGCUGAGGCCGCAGGGACGGCCUUUGUCAGUUUGGUGGUGUCUGGCCGAGUGGUGGCAGCGACCGAGAGCUGGUGGCGGCUGGGGUUGCCUGAGGCCGUGCUGCUUCCGUGGCUGGUGGGAUCUCUGCCCCCGCAGGCCGCUCGAGACUACCCGGUGUACCUACCACACGGGAGCCCCACGGUCCCGCACAGGCUGCUGACCCUGACGCUGCUGCCGGGCCUGGAGCUGUGUCUGCUCUGCGGGCCGCACCCACCCCUCAGUCAGCUAGAUCCACAGCUUCUGGAGCGCUGGUGGCAGCCCUUGCUGGACCCGCUGCGGGCCUGUCUGACGCUGGGGCCCCGAGCGCUGCCGGACGGCUUCGCCCUGCACGCGGACAUCCUCGGGCUGCUGCUCCUGAACCUGGAACGGAAACGCUGCCUCUUCACGGUGCAAGCCUUGGGGGACAAAGAGCCUGCCCCGGAGCAGCGCCGGCGCCUCCUCCGGAACUUCUACAGCCUGGUCACCACCACCUACUUCCCACCGGGUCGGUGGCCGGCGCGGUGCCCCGCUCACGGAGCGACCCUUGAGUCCCAGGUCGCACAAGAGCCAGGGCCGCCGGAGAAGGUGGAGGAUGCGGGCCACGGGGCCCAGCUGCCCAGAGCUUGCUACCUCGUGUUGGGCCCAGGAAUGGGGUGGCAAGUAGUGGCCCUGCAGCUGGGGCCUCGGCAGCUCCUGCUGCUGCUGUCUCCUCAGAGCCCCACCCAUGGGCUUCGAGCCCUGGCCACCCACACGCUGCAUGCCCUCACCCCGUUCCUGUGACCACGAGGAGCCAGCGGCAGACCCAGACACGGACCUGUUAGCGUCUCUCUGUUUAUUCGCUCACAAUAAUACACAGCCCCUGGACGGGGAGGGGGCAGGAGGGGCUACGACGGGGCGGGGGAGGGGAGGAGGCACCCACUUCCCUGGCCCCUCUCCCCUCUGUGCUUGGGGGUGACAGGGAGGAAGGGGCUCCCCCUUACUCCCCAGAAUGUAAACAGCAGCAGAUGAACAAAAAUAAAAAUACAAAAGGCUGGAGGAAGGUCCAGGCAUCCCCCA